GGAUAGGAUAAGCGAGAGAGAGAGAGAGAGAGAGAGAGAGAGAGAUCUUCUUCAUAACAUCAACACCACCAAAGGCAUAUGGAGUAUCAACAUGAGUUCAUAGCCAAAUUAUCAGACUCUGAAGCCAUGGCAGUGACCACGACGAUCACCGUUAUCGUCUGUAUCGUCUUCUUCGCUGCUCAUCUCUUCUUCAAGCACCUCCGCCAUGGCCACCGCCUUCGUUCCUUAACCCUCCGGUACCCCAACCACGGCAACAUGAGCCAAAACCUAUACUGUUCCAUAUGCCUCCACUACGUGUCCGGCAACGAGAGCUACCGGAAACUGCCCAAGUGCCAUCACUGCUUCCACGUUGACUGCAUUGACGCCUGGUUUCAAUCCAGCUCUACAUGCCCAUUAUGCAGAAGCCAAGUACCUGAUCUUCCUCAGCAGAAACAAGGCAGUUUUUCCUCUUAUUUUCUCUCACUUCCUCUCAACUUUCUCAGGAAAAUGGGUGAGUCUCUGAAUUAUGAGCUUACCUUAACGUUGUGUGUAAACGCGAGGAACCCCUACCUUUCUUAGCGGUGUUCUUUUCCUUUUUAUUUAAAUUUAAUAAUGUACCACACACAGAUAUAUCCAUGCAUUAUUUUUUUUUAUUCAUAUUAAUAA